UUAGAACCUCAUCCGCAGGAUUGGGAUGGCAUCUGAUCCCUUAAUUCAAGUGACUUUGGGUUCACUGUUUUGCCCUAAGGUUCAGCCAGUCUAGAGCCGGGUAAGCAGCAGACAGCCUAAAGGCAGGAGGCCCAGUCUCAGUAGAUGGAGUCUUUGAUUAGCUGUCCCUUGGGUUCUCCCUGUCUAGGUUUGUUGACCCUGCUGCAGUUUGUGACCCUGAGCUGCAUUUCUUCAUCCGAAGCUCUCAUUGCUCCGUCGAUGGUGCCCCGGGUCAAACCUAGCUACAAUUUUGGCCGGACUUUCCUGGGACUUGACAAAUGCAACGCCUGCAUCGGGACAUCCAUUUGUAAGAAGUUCUUUAAAGAAGAAAUCAGGUUUGACAACUGGCUUGCCUCCCACCUCAAACUUCCUCCUGAUUAUUUCUCCACUUACCCUGCAAACUACUCAGAUGAUACCAAAAGCUGGCGCCCAGUGGAGAUUUCCAGGUUAAUAAGUAAAUACCAAAAUGAACUUUCUGAUAGGAGAAUCUGUGCAUCAGCUUCUGGUUCAAAGAACUGCAGCAUUGAGAGAGUCCUGAGGAAAACAGAGAGAGUCCAAAAGUGGCUGAAGGCCAAACGCCUCACUCCAGACCUGGUGCAGGGUCUACCAAGCCCAGUGCUGCGAUGUCCCUCACAGAGGCUAUUAGACCGAAUUGUCCGGAGAUAUGCUGAAGUGGCAGAUGCUGGCAGUGUCUUCAUGGAUCAUUUUACUGACCGGGACAAAUUGCGCCUUCUCUAUACCCUUUCCAUCAAUGCCCAUCCCAUCUUGUUACAGAUUUUCCCCGGGGCCGAAGGGUGGCCCUUGCCCAGAUACCUGGGCUCUUGCGGUCGAUUCCUGGUCAGUACUAGCACACAGCCCCUGGAGGAGUUCUAUAGCUCACCUGCAGACCAGGCAGCUGACUUGGCGUACCAGCUCCUUGGCAUCAUGGAUUCCCUGAGGAACAAUGACUUGAACUAUUUUUACUUCACCCGCAUUGAUGCUGACAUUGGCAUUUUUGACAAUGGGCAUCUGUUCAUCCGAGAUGCCAGCACAGUGGGCAUCAUUGACAAGCAGCAAGGUAGUCUGACUCUAGACCAGCAAGAAGAAUAUAAAGAUAUAUUCAGCUGCCUGGUUUUAGAUUGCCGGUCUCCAUUUCCUUCUUGCAGCUCAGUCAAGGAGAAACAGAGCCUGGUGAUGGUCUGUCAGCAGCUUCUGCCCCAUCUUCUCAAAGGGAAAUUCCCCCAGCCCGUACAAGAGGAGAUAGACUCUGCUCUGAUUCUUUGUGGGAAUCCCUUGUCCUCAGACCAGGAGGUCAUCGGUGCAGCCAGUAGGCUGAAAGUUAUCUUGAAACCACUGAGAACCUGUGAUCCUCGUUAUGCUUACCGCUAUCCAGACUGCAAAUACAGUGACAGGUACUGAGAAGAUGCAGCCUCACAGAGGAAAAUGCAAGAACACCUGGCGCCCACUGGCUAAAAAGGGAAUGUGGUGGAAGUGCUUAAUAAAAGUCUAAGUGCCCUGCCAUGGUUUACCAGCUUAGGGAGCAUAACAGCAGUGAAACCUUCUUGUUCUUCUGUCUCUCUAAGUGGGUUAUGAUGGAUUUUUAAUUUUAAAGACUAGGGGGGGCGGCUAGGUGGUGCAGUGGAUAGAGCACUGGCCCUGGAGUCAGGAGUACCUGAGUUCAAAUUCGGCCUCAGAAACUUAACACUUACUAGCUGUGUGACCCUGGGCAAGUCACUUAACCCCAAUUGCCUCAUUAAAAAAAAAAAGACUAGGAAUAUUAGGUUUAAGGUGUCACAUUUCUAGGACUUAUGAAAGUUCUGGAUUACCAGAGUUGAAGUUGAUGGGAAUCACAGAUGUAAAGCUGGAACAGACCUUUGGGGUCAUCUAAUUUGACUCCCCACCCACUCCAAUUUUCCAGAUGAGGAAACCGAGGUCCAAGUAGAUAGGUCUCACUUAUACAAUGUCAUAUAGGCAACAUAUGACUGAACCACACUUCUGUAAUAUGAAAAAGCUAGGUGGUACAGUGGAUAGAGAGGUCUUGGAUAUUUGCUAGCUGUGUGUCCCUGGGCAAG